AUGAACUUAGAAUUUGAGAAUCGCUAUCGUCGUCGAAAAAAUCAGAACGCUCGUCAUCUUGGAAUCAUAUAUUGGACUUAUCCUGGGGUAAACAUUUGUCACCCUUGGCAAUCUAUUAGAUCUCAUGCAAUAAACUUUAUUAUGACAAAUUUACUUCCUGAACGCUCCGUUGUCGCAAACAUGGCGAAUGAAAGAACGAGUGCCUCAACAACGCCAAUUGUUAACGAACAAGAACAAUUACAUAAGAAAAUAAUGCCGUCUCCUAAUGCAACACCAACUCGUAUAGAAAUUUGCGAAUUUCAAGGUCAGGGCAAUGCUCCAACCUCUUCUACGUCACAAUUAAGUGAUAAACGUGAACUACGGGAGCAUAAUGCUAUAUCAAUUCAAUCUGCACCAGGCAGUGUUACAUUAAUUCAAUCUGAACCGGGCAGUGUUUAUUGUACUCCUUUGAAAUAA